AAAAAAAAGCAUAGAGCAAUCAGCCAAAUCAACACCACCUACCGAACUACACCACAUCCAUCCACCACCCAACUAACACAACCUACCCUGCCAAAGACAAGAGAAUGAACAUCCUCCACUCAACUCUAAGCACCUGGCGCGACCGCCUGGCCCCAAUUUCCCGCACCUCGACCUUCCGCACGACCGGCCAAAUCACGCCCGAGGAAUUCGUGCUUGCCGGCGACUACCUCGUCUACAAGUUCCCGUCGUGGUCGUGGGCGGACGCCUCGUCCCCGGCCAAACGCGUCAACUAUCUACCAGUCGGAAAACAGUUCCUGGUGACGCGGGGUGUGCCGUGCCACCGCCGACUGAACGAUGACUUCGCCGGCGACGCGGGGCGGGAGGAGGAGAUUGUCCGGGACAUGCUGUUCGGGGAUGGCGGUGGUGAUGGGAAUGGUGAGGGGGAGGAGGAGGGGUGGCUGAGGACUGGUGGUGGUAGCUCCAAGGAUUCUGUACAUGGCGGAACAGCAAGUGGAGGAGGGGGGAAGAUAGGGGAUAUACGCACCGUGGAUGAAGCGGGGAAUGCAGCGGACCAAGCGUCCGAAUCUGAAGAGGAGGAGAUUCCCGACAUGGAGGAUGAGGAUGAUGAUGAGGAGGCGAUUAUCAGGGAGCCGGUUGCUGGGAAAGGGGGGGAUCUUUCUCAACCGACCAGAACCUACAACCUCUACAUCACCUACAGCAACUUCUAUCGCACCCCGCGCCUCUACUUAUCGGGCUACCUCUCCCCCUCGGAACCCCUCCCCCCACCCCUUAUGAUGGAGGACAUCGUCGGCGACUACAAAGACAAAACCGUCACGCUGGAGGACUUCCCCUGGUUCGACGGCGGCGUGAAGAUGGCCACCGUGCACCCCUGCCGACACGCCUCGGUCAUGAAGACCCUGCUUGAUCGCGCGGACGCGGCGCUGAAGAUCCGGCGGGAGAAGAUCCGUGCUGCCCACAAAGCACAGCAAUCGGCGGGGGCUGCAAAUACUGUGCAGGGGUUGGUGGAUCCUGUGCGGGGGCUUUCGUUGCACAACCAGCAACAAACAGAGAAACACGGGGAUGAGUGGGAGGUGCUGCAGCAUGAGGAAGAAGAGGAUGAGGACGAGGAAGAGCAGUUUGCAAUCAGGGUGGAUCAGUAUCUGGUGGUGUUUUUGAAGUUUAUUGCUAGUGUUACGCCGGGGAUUGAGCAUGAUUUUACCAUGGGGGUGUGAAGUUCAUUUCCUUUUUAUAUGAAUGAUUGAAGUUCUCUCUCUUUUCUUUUCUGUGUGGUGCUCGGUGGGAAGGAGGUGUUUAUGGCGUGGUUUCUGCUUUUUCAUUUUGUUCCAGAUCUAGGUAGUCAGUUCAUGGAUGGGCUUUGCUCGCUUGA